UGGCCUGUCCUGUACGAAACGACGUCGUUGGGGCUGCUGGGGCUGCUGAGAAAAAAGGAUGGUAGUAGCUUAGCUUUCAUUGGAGGUAUCGAAAGAGAGUAGGAAGCAAAAUAAAAUCACACGUACCCUCAUUCAUUCAUCCGUUUUAUUCAUUCCUAAACAUUUUCAAACCCAAUUGCUUCUUUUCUCCUUUUGCGAUCUCAUAAUCCCAUUUCUCCCGCAAAUCUAUCCACGCAUUGUGUUAUAUAUAUAUAUAUUUUGGAUCACAACCCACCUUGAGCUAGUCUCUGAAAAUGGCUUCAUCUUUCUCCUCUUCAUUUACUGGCGUUGCAUGGGCUCAACAAAAUCCAUCUAAGCAGCUUCAAAACAAUACCCAGAUCUCCUUUCCCCGUUUUGGAUUUCAGUGCCCUAACCAGAAGGAAACUGCACUGCCGAAGCUUCAUGCACAGCUUAAUGAGGUUGAAGCUGAGAAAUCUUCAAAUUCAGUGCCACUAAGCACCAAACUAAUUGUGCCAUCAGAAGGGAAAUAUGAGUCUGCCAGGAAAAUUUCUAGCCAAAAGAACACUAUUCCAGAUGCAUCAUCAAUCUCGGCAUUCAUGAGUCAAGUAUCAGACCUUGUCAAACUGGUGGAUUCAAGAGAUAUCAUGGAACUGGAGCUGAAGCAACUAGGUUGUGAGCUCCUAAUAAGAAAAAAAGAAGCUUUGCCGCAGCCACCAGCCACAGCUUCUGUUAUCACAAUGCAACCUCCACUUCCCCACUCCAUGCUUCCAUACCAACCACCACCAGCCCAGGUUGUUGCUCCUGCAAGCACUGCUCCUUCAGUGCCAACACCUGCCUUACCUGCCCCUGCACAGACAAGCAAGUCGUCUCAUCCACCACUGAAAUGCCCCAUGGCUGGAACCUUUUAUCAAUCCCCUGGACCAGGUGAACCUCCAUUUGUGAAGGUGGGAGAUAAAGUGCAGAAAGGCCAGGUUGUUUGUAUUGUUGAGGCCAUGAAACUAAUGAAUGAAAUUGAAGCUGAUCAAUCAGGAACCAUAGCUGAGAUACUGGCAGAGGAUGGGAAGCCAGUUAGUAUAGACACGCCUCUUCUUGUCAUUGCACCUUGAAGAACGGGGCAAAAAUAUCCCAAAACUUGGGUGGCUGUACUAUUUUUGUGAGACCAAGUUUCACGAUAUAUGUUUUAUUAAGUCAUAUUUCUGUUGCCUGUAAUUUUUAAUUCAAAGACAGGUCUUGUUUUGGCUUGGUAAACCCUUCCUUUCUAUGCCUUUUUUUUUUUGCUUUUGGUUUUGAUUAGUUGUCAGGAGGCACAACUGGUAUCACUUUUAGAACAUAGAACAUGGAGAGCUAUUGGGUAUUUGCUUGUUCCUUGUUUUAGACAGUGUCUGAAAAGUUGUGAAGCUCCCUUUGUUAUUUUCUGGAAACUGCUAAAAGGGGAGUUUGGUAUGGUUGCUGUGAGAUGUCUGAAUUCAAUUUGAGCAUUCAGUUCAAAUCCAAAUAUAAAUAUCAUUAAAAGGCA